CGUAGUUUGUAACUUUAAAUCACAGCCUUCCGCUAGGAAACUCACAGAAUCCUAGAUCUCAAAACAGACAGCCAAGUCCAAAUUUGGCCCACGUUGCAAGAAUCCGACAAUCGAACAUAUUUUCUCAGAUCUUCUAGUUUCCCAUAAAUUUCGGACAGAACACAAAAUCCCACUUUUAAAUAAUCCCAAAAAUUUAGUAACCAACCAAAAAAAAAAAAAAAAAAAAAACCACAUGAAUCAAUCAGAUUACUCAUACAGUUCACUACCAAAUGAUAUAGCUCUCAAAAUUGCUUCUUCCCUUGAGGUACCGGAUCUUUCUUCAUUGGGUUGUUGUUCUCGGGUUUGGCGAGAGAUAUGCGGGUCGGAUUGUUUAUGGGAGUCACUUGUUAAAGAAAGAUGGCCUCUUUUAUAUGAAGCUGUUAAAGACCCUAACUUCAAGGAUUGGCGAGGAUUUUAUGUAAAGCAGCACGAAGAGAAGAAGGGUCAAGCCGAUUCUGUCAUUAACUUGGUGGAACAAUGCUCGCAGUCCGAUUCACUCAAGGUUAUAGACUAUCUGCAUGCAAUCAGAAGCCUGAAAACGAUGCAGUUCGGUUUCAGAGAUGUUCAAAUGCUGCUGUUGAAACAGAAGCUGAAUGUUCUGCUUAACUUGAUUGGACUACAUUACUGCCUUAACAUUCUUCAAGUGCAGAAGCACUUCGGAGUGGUAAGAUAGUUGAUCGACAAGUUUGCGUAAAGUGGCGACAGCCCAGGAGAUGGGUCUACGGCUUUCGUAUCCGAGAUGGAUAUCAUUCCCGCUGUGUCUAUCUCGAAGAUCUUGUGACGGGAGAAGAUGAUGGCGAAGUGUUGACGGUACUUGAACGAGGAGCUACUCAUGAAUUUUUACGAGUUCAGGUGUUUGUUGUUAAUUCCCCCAAGCAAUCUCCAGUCUAGCCAAACCUCAAAUGACUGGUUUCAUGUAUAUAUAUAUCUGUACAGUGUUCAUGUCAUAAUGGUAAUAAUGUAGUAAUAGAACUAAAAAUACAUUAUAAUGAACUUCAAAUUAACAAAA